AUGGCAAGGUUCAGGCUGCUUCUUUUCCUGCUGCUGGCCCUGCCACCACAGCCCUCCCCACUGCCAUGGCCAGCCACUGCACAGGGCACCAUGGUUGGCCUGAUCCUGACAGCGCUGGAGAAAGCCACCUUGUUCCUAGAAGACAGGCUGCCCUCAAUCAACCUGGACGGUGUGGUGGGAUUCCAAGUGCUGGAAGUGCAACUUCGAGGAGUCCAGGAAAAAUGGAAUCUCAACCCCUUGCUGCACCCACUCAGCUUACGUGCUGGACAGCUGGCCAACACACUGUCUGCUCUCCUCCAAAAAUCCAUCUUCUACCUCAAGCAGAGUGACCCCACAUAUCUAAGAGCGUUCCAGCCAAGCAUUCAGCCUGGGUUUUGGAAGUUGCCCCAUGCCUGGACACGCACCGAUGCCGCCCUGGUGUACGCCUGGCUGGACCCCCUGGACUUUUUCUCAGAGGACAGCAGUGAUGCAUGCCUGGUGCAACUGCUAGGAACAGGGACAGACAGCAGCCAGCCUUGCAGGCUCUCCAACUUCUGCAGAACUCUUAUGACCAAGCCAGGCUGCUCAGGCUACAGCCUGUCCCACCAGCUGCUCUUCUUCCUCUGGGCCAGAAUGCAAGGGUGCACGGAGGGGCUGUUCCAGCAGAGCCAGCAGUACAUGAACAUCUUCUGUGCCAAUAUGAUGGAUCUGAACCGAAGAGCAGAGGCCAUCGGAUACACCUACCCCACCCAAGACCUCUUCAUGGAAAACAUUAUGUUCUGUGGUAUGGCCGGCUUCUCCGACUUCUACAAGCUGCACUGGCUGGAAGCCAUUCUCAGCUGGCAGAACCCCGAGGUGGGAUGCUUUGGGAAACCUGCCCCGAAAGGUGAACUUCCGGAAGUUCCACAUCAGCACAGCAAUCUGAGAAGAGUGCGAAGGCGGGAAAAACUGUUCACAGAUGGCUGUUCUUGCCACAACACGGCCACCGCAGUCGCAGCCCUGGGUGGCUUUCUCUACAUCCUGGCAGACGACCACCCAGACAAUGGAGAGCCACAUCCACCCACACAGUCAGCAGCAAGCCACUGCCAAGAUGAUGCUGCCAUGCCUGGCAUCCAGAGGAUUGGCAGGCCCCUUACCACUUCUCCUUAGGCCCUGGAGUCAGGGGUCACAUGCUGACGGGGCAUUUGAGGAAAGUGACCAGCUGUGACCCCGUUAUCACAUCCAUGUGUUCAGAAGUCUUGGGAAAGCAGGGCCAGGGAAGGCAGGUUGGAGAGUGGGGUAGACCAGAUGUCAGCAGAAUGCAUAAAGCACAGUAGUUGGA